GGGCUGGCGGAGGCGGCGGAGCGGUGGUGCGACGCCGGCCUCCAAGCUCAUCGCGCCGAGGACGAGCGCGCAUGGCAUUCCUAGCGCGACCGCGUCUCCUUCUACGGCUGUGGCCAGGCCGGCCUGCCGGGGACAAUUUCCACGUGUGGAGCGAAAGUGAAGACUGCUUACCUUUUCUGCAGCUCGCACAGGAUUACAUCUCCUCCUGUGGGAAAAAGACACUCCAUGAAAUAUUGGAAAAAGUCUUCAAAUCCUUCAGACCUUUACUUGGGCUUCCAGAUGUUGAUGAUGAUGCAUUUGAAGAAUAUAACGCAGAUGUGGAAGAAGAGGAACCAGAAGCUGAUCACCAACAGAUGGGUGUCAGUCAGCAGUGAUUUUCUGAGAAGCUAAAAUAAUUCGGAAGCCUUUGGUACCAGGUGGGGUCAGGUGGUCCCACGUUAGCCUGUUCGAAUUAGCACAUCACAAGGGGAUAUCUGGCUGCCAAGAUAAAAGUUUCACAAAAAAUGGUUUUAAAAAAAAAAAAAAUAAUAAUAAUUUGUGAUGAGCUUUGCUAAGAAGUGACCUGAAUUUUGCUCCUGCUUCAGUGGGUUUUCUAUGGAGUUGUCUUGGUAGCAUUCUGCCGCUAUCAGUCUAGAAGUAGUUUUGUUGCUGACUUGUCUCUUCGAUUUGUGCUCGAGAGUAGCAUUCGCUGACGUGAAUGUAGAGUACCGAGAAUGUAGGAAACGUGUGGUGAGAGUGCCGAGUCCUCACCGGUGACCUUUCCAAGGAAACCAGCGCAGAGAGCAAACACCACACAACCUGCGCUCUUCUGUUUAGUUCAACAGCUAUAGUUUUUGAAAAAGUACCAAACUUGGAGAAACUUCUCCUUAAAAACAGUAGUUUAAUAGUGGUUGGUGCUGCAGAAGUGCAUGUGAAGGCUUAACAAAAAUAAUGGGAAGUGGGAAAUCCAGGGGGUGUCAGACAUAUUAAUGUUGUUUUACUGACACCUGAGUUUACAAGUGCUGAAUUAAUAACUGGGAGUAAUGUGUAUCAGCAGCAAACAUUAUUGCCAGCCCUGGUACUCAAAACACCAUGUGAUCCAAAGGCAAGUGCUGCUUUCUUACAAAUGAAGUAAAAAAUAGCCAUUGCCUAUCUCACUUCUGCAUGACAACCAACUUUAAGCUUUGCUGGUUUUGAUACACUGCCAAACUAUUACUCAAACCUCGUGGCAUCGUGAAUUAGAAUCAUAGAAUAUACUGAGUUUGAAGAGACCCAUAAGGAUCAUCAAGUCCAACUCCUGGCCCUGCACAGAA